AUGACCAUGAUACGCCGCAAACCCUGCCCCCCGAACGCUACCGCAAGCCGCAGCUAUCAGCUCCGCUCGAGGGGUCCUGUGGGCCCUGAAGUUUUCAAAGUCUUAGAUAGACUAAAGCCCUCAAAAAUCACCAAGACGCAAGGCUACUCGUACAAUGCGGGUAUCAGACUCCGUCUUGUUCCCAAACCAGCCUCCUUGAGGCCCGAAGACUCUACUGGCAGUGCAUUGGGCUCCCUUCACCAUUGUGAUCGCGGAACGAAACUUAAGGAUGGAGAUGGCGACAAAGAACAGGGCACAUCGUUCUCUGUGGAGCAGUUGGUUUAUCAGUCUCUCCCGUAUAAGGAUAGCCCUCCCUUUGUGAAGGUCCAAAUUGAAGUAGUUGAAAAGGUACCAUUGGAUGCUUUUAUUGAUGCGAAGUAUAUACCAUCCGAUGAUGAUGCUGAAUUCCAGCGGCGCGCCGAAUUAUGGCAAGACCCUGCCGCAGAAGAUCCGGAAGCAAACCCCACUGACGUGCGACACUCCCGGAAAGUAGAGUUGACCGAUUUCUUCGAGGCAGUUCGUUGUGACAGAUAUCGCGACCAUACCGAUGCGCGGAUGUUUCUGUUCAUGUGGCUACUGCUCGACGGCUUCCCCUCCCGUCAGAAUGGAACGAUCACUUUCCUAGGAGACGGUUACUUUCCGCUGUGGCCUGAGCACGCGGUCAAGCACGACGGCGUCUAUUUCGAGUAUUACGUCGCAAUAUGGAGAUUUAUCUACGAUAGAGAACUGAUCAGCGCUCCUCUUGCGCUCUGCACGUGCAACAACGAGCGUGGUCGAGCAGGAAUUGCACGAUACGAGAUCCCGCCACUUCUUCUGCAGGCCAACCAGAAUGCCCGCGUCGCCUCCCAUCUCGCCCAGAAUAGAGCGUACGUCCUAAGCCUUCAGGGCUGGAAGCUCACGUUUGUCAAAGCCACCAUGUCCCGACAAGAUGCUCUGGGUCUCGGGAAUCCCCAAUGCCUCCCCGGGAAGGUAAAGGUGGAGCGGACUACAGAGUAUAAUCUUCGGGAUCGCGGGCAACGUAGGGAAGCUCUUAGAGCGCUGAUGGGCUUGUUCCUUUCUUUCCAGGAUCGCCCGGAAUUCGCGUACGCACUUGCCCCGGAUGACAGCUAUGAAGCUCUUUAG